AUGAACUUGUAUUUAUUUUAUAAAUAUUCACCGUCUGCAGGGAGGGACGGCUCUGGUGCCGGAGCUGUGGACGAGGAGGACUUCAUCCAGGCCUUUGAGGACGUCCCCACAGUGCAGAUCUACUCCAACAGGGAGGUGGAGGAGGCCAUGACGAAGAUCCGGGACGUGCUGUCGGACGAUAAGCGGGACUGGGAGCUGCGAGUGGCGGCCCUGAAGAAGGUGCGCUCGCUGCUGCUGGCCGGCGCCGCGGAGUUCGACGGUUUUCCGCAGCAGCUGCGGCUCAUGGAGGCGGCGUUCAAGCUGUCGGCGAAGGACCUGCGCUCUCAGGUGGUGAGAGAGGCCUGCAUCACUCUGGGCCACCUGUCGUCGGUGCUCGGCAGCCGCUUCGACCACGCCGCGGAGGCCAUCAUGCCGAUCCUCCUCAACCUGGUCCCCAACAGUGCCAAAGUCAUGGCCACCUCCGGCAUGGCCGCCAUCCGCCUCAUCCUCAGACACACGCACUACCCGCGCCUCAUCCCCAUCAUCACCAGCAACUGUACCUCCAAAUCUGUGGCUGUCAGGAG